AAAGUACAGGCUGUAUAUCCAUCUUGGAUGCAGUUGCCAUGUUUGGAUAAACUGCACAAUCUGCUCUUUGCCAACUUCCACUGUGAAGUCUUUGGCAGCCACCCAAAGCAUGUUUUUUAUAUUUUAAGUCACUCAACAACAACAGCGAAUGACUCAUUUGCAUGGUGGAAAAGUAUUAAAAGUUUCAAUAUACUCGUCGUUGUCGAUGACAUAAUGAUUUAGUUUUGGUUUUAAAGGGGCAACGCGUGACGUUUCGGUCUGAACAUUAGCUUGAUUCUAUCAUUAAGGUAAAUCAACCUGUUGUUACGUAUCUGUUCUUUCGGCUUCUUCAAUUGGUCUAGCGAUGCGCAUUGCGAGAUUACACAGGAAUAUGUCAGCAAAACAAUAGGAAAACAAAGAAGAACAACACCUUGGGAUGAAUAUCGUGUCAGUUAAACAACAUUUAUAUUCGAAUGUUUUUUUUGUCUAUCGAAUCUAUAUGUUUUGUGCAAAUAUUACGCUGUAGCAUAAACCAUAUACCAACAUGCAAAUAUUUUUUUCUUUUGUGACUGCGAUUUAAAUUCAUGCUGCCCCACACAUGCGCAAACUAUUUUUAAAAUAAUAAUAGUCGUUAUUUUUGGAACAAAGGAAGCUGCGCCUUUACGUAAUUUCCUGUCCUUUUCCUGUUUUCGAGUUCAAGCGCUAACGGUGCUAGCAGUGCGGCACUGAAUGAAUGAUUUUCGUUUGUUAUUCUAUCAGUGAGCUAGCAGACGCAUGUCGCGGAUCAGAACCACACUGGACAGCGUCACCAAGGCAGUAGGAAGCACCGAGCUCAUCUCCAAAUUCUCCCGCCUCAAGCCGGGCAACGCUGUGGUGAACGGCGCCCAUGCUGAAAAGGUUCUGGUCACAACGAAGGACCCGGAUGUCUCGCUGCCACACGAAGCCAACGUAGGAGAUGCAGGCGGCGAGAAAUGUGUCGCAGAAGAUGACAAGAAAGAAGCACAAGUUGCAGAAAACCCCUUUGUCGCUGCCAAGGGUUCCAGUGCCGCUUUUGAGGCGUCUCCCCCCGUCUCGUCCUUAAAGCAUAGAGCGCAGCUCUUCCAUACAACCAACAUGGACGAGACAUACAAGACUUUAGCCCAGCACAUCAACAGUUACUUUGGCAUGGACACGCAUGCGGAGGAAGGCGAAGGCAAGCGCCAGCAAUCCAGUGAGCCUUUCCCUCCCAGAAGUGGCAACCAUUUCCCAGUUUUGUCUCCAGCGGCAGCGUCCAAGACCGUCGAUGCAGCUCCUGCCCCACCUCCAUCUGAAGACCUCAGUCGCCCAGAAGCUAAACCUCCAUUUGACUCCACCACAACAGAAAGCACAGAUCCAUCUGUUGCGGUUUUAGCCAGCUCCCCCAAAAAAGGCUUCACCCACUAUCUGUCUUACCCUCGUCCAAGUGUUCAAGCUUUUGUGGGGAAUUACAUCACUCCGCUGGUGCCCAAAUUCCGAGGGGAUGUCAAAAGUGUCGAGAAAGACAAGCUCCCAGCUGCCAGUGUAGUGGAGGCUUCUGUGGAGGAUGUGGAGAGUAAAGAUCAGAAGGCUGAUGAUGCCAAACAGCAGCAACGUUUGGCUCAAAGGGAGAAGAUAAUAGCCAGGAUGAGUGUCGACAACAGAACCAGAGUGCUUGUGAAAGGCCUACAGAGAGUUAACGACAUCCAGCUCCUCACUAGUCGUGUGGAGGAACUCAACUGUCACCUGCUGGAGUUCCCCGAGACCCGUGGCGUGGCCAUCAAGGCGAAAGCUAUUCCAUGCUUGCUGCGUUUGCGUCAGGCCACAGACCUCAAUUUCCAGGCUGCUGUGAGAGAGUCACUGGCUCUGGUCGGCUAUACAGAUCCGGUGAAAGGCAGAGGAAUCCGAGUCCUGGCCAUAGAUGGAGGGGGGACAAGAGGACUACUGGCUCUGCAGACCCUCCUCAAACUGGAGAACCUGACGGGAAAACGAGUCCACCAGCUUUUUGACUAUAUCUGUGGAGUCAGCACGGGUGCUAUCCUGGCUUUCAUGCUGGGGAUUCUUCAGAUGCCUAUCGAAGAAUGCGAGGAGAUGUACAGGAAAUUGGGCUCGGACGUCUUCAAGCAGAACGUCAUCGUCGGGGCCGUCAAGAUGGGCUGGAGCCACGCUUUCUACGACAGUGAAAUCUGGGAAAACAUCCUCAAGGAACGUAUGGGUGAAGGCUGCAUGAUAGAAAGUGCCAGAGAUCCAAACUGUCCCAAAGUGUCAGCGGUAAGCACGCUGGUGAACCGGGGCCUGCCUCUGAAGGCCUUUGUGUUCAGGAACUACCGGCUCAUGCCAGGAGUGAGGUCACACUACCUUGGAGACUGCAAAUACAAAAUGUGGCAAGCCAUCAGAGCGUCUUCUGCAGCGCCAGGCUACUUCCAGGAAUACAUCCUCGGGAAAGAUCUCCAUCAGGAUGGAGGCCUCCUGAUCAACAACCCCACGGCGUUGGCCAUCCACGAGUGUAAAUGCCUGUGGCCGAACACGCCGCUGCAGUGCGUGCUCUCUCUGGGUACCGGGCGCCACGAGGUAGCGGGAAAGAACGGCACCACCUACACCAGCCUCAAAGCCAAGCUCACCAACGUCAUCAGUAGCGCCACAGAUACGGAAGAAGUGCACACCAUGCUGGACGCCCUCCUGCCUCCGGACACCUACUUCCGCUUCAACCCUCACAUGAGCGAGGACGUGCCGCUGAACGAGAGCCGCGUGGACAAGCUGAAUUUCCUCAUGGGCGAGGGCGAGCGCUACCUGGAGCGCAACGACGCCAAACUGCGCAAGGCGGCCGGCGUGCUGACUCGGGAGAAAAGCUGCAUCCAGAGACUGGGCGAGUGGGCCAAGCUCAAGGCGGACAUGUACGAGGGUCCCCCUUUUACCUCCAAACUCUAACAAGUCCGCUGAGGUAAAAUGACCCCAAGAGUUUGUUGAGGAGUCAAAAAAAAAAAACAAAGUUGUACAGUACAUUUAGUUGGCGUGUGUUUGGCAAUGAAUUGUUUCGAUACCAUCAUAAUUUAAAAUGAUUUUAAUAUAGGCACAAGUGUGGAUUGACCAUCCAUGUUUAUAAAUUAGGAUUAGACGUGUGUGUGUGUGUGAGGCCCGAAGGUGCAGGCUCAAUUCUUUUUGACGAGUUAUGAAAAAAAAACUCUCACGCACUUUGGAAGUGUUCAUUUUUAACCACUAGACCUGUAAAUAAGAUUUGUUCUUGUGUUUAUUUAAAUCAGAGUUGCACUUUUAGGCUUUUUUCAUAUUUUUCCGUCAUUGGAGCCACAAGCUCGAUGGUCUUUUUUUUUUACAAUUACCUGCUUCGCGCUCUUCUCACCUGGGGGUGCGCACGAGGAGACACCUGCUAAAAUGACUUGUUUAGCCCAUACCUUGUGUUAGCCGAUCAAAUACACCGUAAUUCCGUUGAAUUCACUUCCAGCGGUUGCGCUGCUCUUGCCAGUUGCGUUGACAACGAUAUGCCGCAUGUAGUCGGAGAGGGAAACUUCACGAUCAUAUUUUGACGGGUGCCAACGAUUUCCCUUCACUGGUGGCGUGCCUCUUGGAUGGGAAGGCUCCAAUGUGAAAUCUGCCUACUCAAGGCAAAGGCAAGCUGCUUAGGCCCAUGUGAGCCACUAGGGGGCCCCCAAGAGCAAUUUGCAGUCAACGCAGCCUGGAGUAGAAGUAGAAGCCUAGUAGUAGUAGAUCUUAUUUUUAGCUUUUGGAGUAGUAUUUGGAGAAGAAGCAGUUUUUUUUUCUCCCAAUCUUCUGCACUACCCU